CGAUGAACUUGAUAACGGCGAUGUCUCCCGGAGCUGAAUUGCGGCCAUACAAUGCUACGAUCCACUUCCUGCAUUCCACUUUGCCCUUUCACGGCGAAACAACCUUCGUUCCUUAGGACACAUCAACGUAUUGCCUCUGAUCUCUCCUCUGAUCGCUUCACCCUUCGCGGUGGUGGUGGCGGCGGCGGGGCCUCCGCCGUCGUCUCCUCCUCCGGCCUCCGUGAUCUCGUUUUCGUCGUAAACCCUCAAGGUGCUAAUGGUAGAACAGCUAAAGAAUGGAAGAAGUUGCUUCCUUACCUUCGAUCUUGUCUUGGUAAAGACUGUAAUGUAAUUGAAUUAUUAACAUUGGGUCCUUCUCAUGCCAUUGACAUUACAAGAGAGGCUAUAAGGGAUGGUGCAGAUGCUGUCAUUGCGGUUGGAGGUGAUGGAACACUUCAUGAGGUUGUUAAUGGUUUCUUUUGGGAGGGGAAACCUGUCGGUAAUCUCAACAGCGAAGCUAGUCAUUCGACUGCACUUGGUCUGAUUCCCUUAGGCACUGGCUCAGAUUUUGCUAGAACAUUUGGUUGGAACAAUGAUCCUUGUGAAGCGGUGGAGCGCAUUGCUAAAGGGAUGCGAUCACGGGUUGAUGUUGGUGUUAUCGACAAGGAAGGAAAGGAUUUGCAUUACUUCAUCAACGUAGCUGAUGUUCAUUUGAGCGCAAAGGCAGGAUUUUACGCUUCAAAAUACAAGAAAUUUGGAAAGUUGUGCUACGUAAUUGGUGCCCUACAAGCUUUCAUGGGGCAUCAUAACCGAGAUAUGAGAAUCAGAGUCAAUGGAGGUGAAUGGGAAAUAUACCCUCAGGUCACUGCUCUCUGCGUUGGAAACGCUAAAUACUUUGGUGGUGGAAUGAAAAUCACACCCAACGCCGUCCCUGGAAAUGGAAAUCUUGAGGUUGUGGUUCUUCAAGACUUCAAAUGGUAUGAUUUCGUAUUUAAACUUCAUAAGCUAUACAACGGAACGCAUCUUUCAGUUAACAAUGUGACUUCAAGAAGUGUACAAAGUAUCGAAGUUGAAGAGAUUUCAGACAGUGGAAGUAUCUAUGUUCAAUCAGAUGGAGAACAUCUUGGAUUUCUACCUAAAAAGUUUCGGAUUUUACCCGGUGCCAUCGACAUGAUCUCUUCUCUUUCCUUCCAUUCCAUCGCCACCGUUAAUCCAAUCUUCUCCGGCGAUGGAGGUCGUUCAAUUUUCCGGCUUAACCGCCGAUUCGAAGCAACUGGAGUGAGUUGCAGAGGACAGAAUCCGACUAACGAGCCACAGACAAGUAAAGGACCCGAGCCGGAGAAUGUUCUACUCAAAAUCGCUUGGUACGGAUCCGAGCUACUCGGAAUCGCUGCUUCCGUUUUCCGAUCUCCAGAGACUUCUCCGAUUGUGACAGGCUUUGAGGUUCCUGUUGAUUGUUCUGGACGAGCCGUUCGUGUAGCUGUCGUGGACUCGAUUAAGCAAGACUUUAAACGAUCCUACUUCGUCACAGGUAAUUUAACGCCGGAGGUUUAUGAGGACAAGUGUGAAUUCGCUGAUCCGGCUGGAUCCUUCAAAGGUCUUGCUCGUUUCAAAAGGAAUUGCACUAAUUUCGGAAGCCUAAUCGAGAAAUCCAAUAUGAAGCUCAUGAAAUGGGAGAAUUUUGAGGAUAAAGGAGUUGGACAUUGGAAAUUUAGCUGUGUCAUGUCGUUUCCAUGGAAACCCAUUCUUUCAGCAACUGGUUACACGGAGUACUAUUUCGACACAGGAUCCGGGAAAAUUUGCAGGCACGUGGAGCAUUGGAAUGUCCCUAAGAUUGCUCUGUUCAAGCAACUUCUGAGACCCAGCCGUGGUUUAGUGGGGGGGACACAAAACUAGUGGAUGAAGAAUGAUGUCAAUUUCAAAUUAGAUUUUUUAAACCGUAAAUAUAUGGAACUUCCUUAU